AUGGAGCUCGGGGGAGCUGUGUCCAUAUUCCUGGCUCUCUGCCUCUCCUGCCUGCUUCUCCUGUCGGUGUGGAAGAAAAUGCACCCGGGAGGGAAGCUGCCCCCGGGGCCGACCCCUCUGCCCUUCCUCGGCAACCUGCUGCAGCUGAAGCCGGACGAGACUUUCAAGUCGUUCAUGACGCUGCGGGAGAAGUACGGCCCGGUGUUCACGGUGCACCUGGGCCCGCGGCGGGUGGUGGUGCUGUGCGGGCACGAGGCGGUGAAGGAAGCCCUGGUGGACCACGCGGAGGAGUUCAGUGGCAGAGGGGAGCUGGCGUCCAUCGACCGGAAUUUCAAGGGCUUCGGGGUGGCUUUGGCCAACGGGGAGCGGUGGCGGCAGCUGCGCCGGUUCUCCCUCACCGCGCUGAGGAACUUUGGCAUGGGGAAGCGAUCCAUCGAGGAGCGGAUCCAGGAGGAGGCGCAGUACCUGCUGGAGGAGUUCAGGAAAACCAGAGGUUUGCCCUUUGACCCGAUCUUCUUCCUGAGCCGCACGGUCUCCAACGUCAUCAGCGCCGUCGUCUUUGGGAGCCGCUUCGACUACGAGGACGAGACGUUUCUGUCCCUGCUGCGCAUGAUCAAUGAAAGCUUUGUAGAGAUGAGCUCUCCCUGGGCCCAGCUCUACGACAUGUACUCCUGCAUCAUGCAGUACCUGCCCGGGCCCCACCACCGCAUCUACCACCUCAUCGAGGACCUCAAGGCCUUCAUCGCCGCGCGGGUGAAGAUCAACCAGGCCUCGCUCGACCCCAACGCCCCGCGGGAUUUCAUUGACUGCUUCCUCAUCCAGAUGGAAAAGGAAAAGAAAAACCCCAACAGUGAAUUCAACACCAAGAACUUGGUGCUCACCACGCUCAACUUGUUCUUCGCCGGCACGGAGACUGUCAGCUCCACCCUGCGAUACGGGUUCCUCUUCCUCAUGAAGCACCCGGAAGUCGAAGAAAAAGUGCACCAGGAAAUCGAUCACAUCAUCGGCCGCAACCGCAUCCCCACCUGCGAGGACCGGAUGAAGAUGCCCUACACGGAUGCGGUGAUCCAUGAGAUCCAGAGGGUGACGGAUAUCGUGCCCAUGGGGGUGCCGCACACCGUGAUCCGGGACACCCAGUUCCGGGGGUACACCCUCCCCAAGGGCACCAACGUGUUCCCCUUACUGGGCUCUGUCCUACGGGACGCGAAAUACUUCAGCCACCCAGAAGAAUUCAACCCGGGGCAUUUCCUGGACGAGAACGGCCGCUUUAAGAAGAACGAUGCCUUCGUGCCGUUCUCCUCAGGGAAGCGGGUGUGCCUGGGCGAGGCGCUGGCCCGCAUGGAGCUUUUCCUGUACUUCACCACCAUCCUGCAGAGCUUCUCGCUGAAACCCCUCCUGCCCCCAAAGGACAUUGACAUCAGCCCGAAAGUGAGUGGGUUCGGGAACGUGCCCCCCACCUACGAGAUGUGCCUGGUCCCUCGCUGAAGAACGGGAGCGACCAAGAGCCCAGACCCUGACUGCAUAAUCGGUUGUGCAAUCGCGCCGGCCACCAGCAGAGCUGACUCAAUCACAGACGGGCACAGGAGAGGUGGAAGGUCCCAGCCCGCCAUGGAUCUCCUCGGAGCCGUCGCCCUGUUCCUGGUCAUCGGCCUGUCCUACCUCCUGCUCCUCUCCACCUGGCGGCAAAUGCAGGGCCGGGGGCAAAUGCCCCCGGGGCCCACCCCGCUGCCCCUCCUCGGGAACCUGCUGCAGGUCGAGCUCAGCGACAUGCGCAAGUCGCUGAUGAAGAUCAGCGAGCGCUAUGGCCCCGUCUACACCCUCCACCUGGGCCCCCGGCGGGUGGUGGUGCUGUGCGGAUACCAGGCGGUGAAGGAGGCCCUGCUGGACCAGGCCGAGGACUUCGGCGGGCGCGGGGAACAAGCCACCUUCAGCUGGCUCUUCGAGGGCUACGGAGUGGUCUUCAGCAACGGGGAGCGGGCGAAGCAGCUGCGCCGGUUCUCCAUCACCACGCUGAGGAACUUCGGGGUGGGGAAGCGAGGCAUCGAGGAGCGGAUCCUGGAGGAGGCUCAUUUCCUGCUGGAAGCCUUGCGGGGCACGAAAGGUUUGCCGGGGCUAGGGAGUUUGCCCUUUGACCCCACCUACUUCCUGAGCCGCACGGUGUCCAACAUCAUCAGCUCCGUGGUCUUCGGGGACCGGUUCGACUACGAGGACAAAGAGUUCAUCUCCCUGCUCUCCAUGAUGAUGGACAGCUUCCAGUUCACCGCCACGGCCUGGGGGCAGCUCUACGAGAUGUUCUCGGGCACCAUGCGCUACCUGCCCGGCCCCCAGCACGCAGCGUUCAAGCAGCUGGUGGGGCUGGAGAAGUUCAUCGAGAGGAAGGUGAAGGCGAACCAGGAGACCCUGGACCCCAACUCCCCUCGGGAUUUCAUCGACUGCUUCCUGGUCAAAAUGCAGCAGGAAAAGGAAAAUCCUUCCUCUGAGUUUUUCCUGAAGAACAUUGUUCUGACGGCGCUCAACGUCUUCUUCGCCGGGACGGAGACCGUCAGCACCACCCUGCGCUACGGCUUCCUGCUGCUGCUGAAAUACCCGGAGAUCGAAGAAAAGAUCCACGAGGAGAUCGACCGGGUGAUCGGGCGGAACCGCGCCCCGAGCAUGGAGGACCGGAGCCGGAUGCCCUACACCGACGCCGUCAUCCACGAGUUCCAGAGGUUCUGUGACGUCAUCCCCAUGGGCCUGGCGCGCCGGGUGACCAGGGACACCCAGUUCCGGGGAUACACUAUUCCCAAGGGGACGGAGGUGUACCCGAUGCUGGGAUCCGUGCUGUAUGACCCCACGCAGUUCAGCAGCCCCGACACCUUCGACCCCAGCCAUUUCUUGGAUGGGAACGGCCAGUUUAAGAAGAGCGACGCCUUCGUGCCCUUCUCAAUAGGUACGAAUCCCCCGCAGAAGAGUCUGGGGAAAAGGUAUUGUUUCGGGGAGAUGCUGGCGCGCAUGGAACUCUUCCUCUUCCUCACCAGCAUCCUGCAGAACUUCCGCUUCCGCUCCCCCGUGGAGCCCAAAGACAUCGACAUCUCCCCGAAGCUGGUCGGGUUCGCCACCGUGCCCCGCAGCUACGAGAUGUGCCUGGUCCCGCGCUAG